AUGCACAAAAAAAAGGAUUCAAUUGAAAAGACACAAAAAAGUAGUGAAGAUGAAUUAACAGAACAGAUUCCUCUUUUCAAGGAUAUAUGGAAUAACUUAGAUAAAUAUGAGGAAGAAUAUACACCUUCUAAUGAAAUUCAAAAAUAUCACUGCAUUUUACAAAAAAGUUUAUUUAAUAUUUUGUUUUCCAUAAAAUAUUUUCGUUCAGAUGAAAUUAAUAUUGACACAAAUUUUUUAAAAUUAGUAAAUAAAUUUGUAAAAUUAAAGCUAGCAGGAAAUCAAAAUGACGAAAAAGAUAUUGCAAGAUUGGCUAGAUUCCAUUUAAAAAAUCAAAAAGAAAACGAUGAAGAUGAACUACUAGUUGAUGAAGAGGUAGGAGUAUUUCCUUCAAGAUGCCCCAUAUCACAGAUGUCUUUUGAAAUACCUGUUACUCAAAGGUUUAGUAGAAAUAGGAAAGCUUGUGUACACACUUUUGAAAAAUCUUUCAUUCUUAGAUUAAUGCAGAAUAAAGAUACAAUCGAAUGCCCAAUAGCAGCAUGUAAAAAAAAGGUUUAUAAAAAUAGUUUACACCCUGAUUAUGAAUAUCUUCAUCAUUCAAGAUACAAAAAAUUUCGAGAUAAUAUCACUGAGGCAAAAGAAUAUUUUAAAAAUCUGAGAAAUGAAGAAAACAAAAGUUUUGAUUUUGCCGAAUAA